AUGUCCUUUAGUGAAGUUCCAAUGACCCCAGAGUACCCGUCGAAAGACCCAAACUUUAUCACUCCAACUAACCCUCCAAAGUCACAAAAGUCGCAGAUGCUUUACCUCAAACAACAACUCGAAAAGUCGGAGAAAGAGAACCGUCGCCUCUUUGACGAGUUGGAAGACUCGCGUGAUAACUACAACAAAAUGAUUAACAUCUAUGAAACAAAGAUAUCAGCACUUAAGAGAGACUUACAAGAGACUUUAACCCAAGCAAACGUCAUCCAAUUCCAAAAAGAGAAUUUGCGCGAGCAGGUCAUCGAGCUCCAAAUGACUAUUUCUCACUUACAGCUGCAGCUUGAGAUAUCACAGAACUACAUUUACAACAAAGUCCCUCCCACUGAGCGAACAUCAUUUGACUCAUUCGUCUGUGCCACACAGAGUCAACAGAAUCCUUCAAGAACUUAUUAA